AUGAUGUCUUACCUCAAACAACCCCCAUACGGCAUGAACGGGCUGGGCCUGGCCGGGCCUGCCAUGGAUCUCCUGCAUCCCUCCGUGGGCUACCCGGCCACCCCACGCAAGCAGCGGAGGGAGCGCACCACUUUCACGCGCUCACAGCUGGACGUGCUUGAGGCACUCUUCGCAAAGACUCGUUACCCCGACAUCUUUAUGCGUGAGGAGGUGGCGCUCAAGAUCAACCUGCCCGAGUCCAGAGUCCAGGUUUGGUUUAAGAACCGCCGCGCCAAAUGCCGCCAGCAGCAGCAGAGCGGGAGCGGAACCAAGAGCCGCCCCGUCAAGAAGAAGUCGUCCCCUGUGAGGGAGAGCUCGGGCUCGGAAAGCAGCGGGCAGUUCACACCGCCGGCUGUGUCCAGCUCCGCCUCGUCCUCGAGCUCAGCCUCCAGCGCCUCCGCCAACCCCGCGGCUGCGGCGGUUGCAGGCCUGGGCGGGAACCCGGCGGUAGCCGUCGCGUCGUCGCUCAGUACACCGGCCGCCUCGUCCAUUUGGAGCCCAGCCUCCAUCUCACCCGGCUCUGCGCCCGCGUCCGUGUCAGUGCCGGAGCCGCUGGCAGCGCCCAGCAACGCCUCGUGUAUGCAGCGCUCGGUAGCUGCAGGCGCCGCCACCGCAGCAGCCUCCUACCCCAUGUCCUACAGCCAGGGCGGCAGCUACGGCCAGGGCUACCCCGCGCCCUCCUCUUCCUAUUUUGGCGGCGUGGACUGCAGCUCCUACCUAGCACCCAUGCAUUCGCAUCACCACCCGCACCAGCUCAGUCCCAUGGCGCCCUCCUCCAUGGCGGGUCAUCACCAUCACCACCCGCACGCUCACCACCCUUUGAGCCAGUCCUCAGGCCACCACCACCACCACCAUCACCACCACCACCAGGGCUAUGGUGGCUCCGGGCUUGCCUUCAACUCUGCCGACUGCUUGGAUUACAAGGAGCCUGGUGCCGCUGCUGCUUCUUCUGCUUGGAAACUCAACUUCAACUCUCCCGACUGUCUGGACUAUAAGGACCAAGCCUCGUGGCGGUUCCAGGUCUUGUGAGCCCGGGAAAAAGGAAGAAACGAAACGCAACUACCUGUGCCCUCCGUGGUCCCAUCCUAUUGCUGCUGCUGCACCG